GGAAAGGACGCUAAAUAACAAAUGUAGAUGCUUCGGAGGGAUGUGGCAAUCUGUAGUUUUUGUGUGCAAGAUAUCCGCCAAAUAGCAUCUGUUUUAAGGGAUUCAUCGAAUGACUAGGACCCACUUUUACGCAGACUGCGCACAUAGCUAACAUGGGGGUAUCACUAGAGAGGGUGCAGUUCAAAUUUGCCUCCAUCAUUGGAGAGCUCUGCAGUGAUCCAGAUGUAUUGUCACAGUUUGCAGUGUGGUUAGAUCUCAGACUAGCAGAGUACAAGUUAAAAGGGGCCAUAUCACUGGAUUGUUCCGGUGAAGAGCCAAACCCAUUAUGGCUGAAAGGGAUCAACAAAGGGAAAAAUAAAGCGGUAGAUGAUCCUGUCACCCCCCACAGAUCUAAUAGGACAAGCCGAGAGCGAGCGAGGGACCCCUUCCCUCAUCACAUGACCUCCCCCAGUCAGACAGAAGCAAAUCCAAGCCCCAUGGAAAGAAUGUCACCGGAAGUGGUCAUCAAGGAAGAGCCAUCUGACAUUUACCCAAUACAGGUUCAUGCUCAUCAAAAUGUGAACGCAUCAUUCUCUUCUGGCAGCAGACGCAAACGUUCAGCAGCCGAGACAUUAACAGGUGACAGCUGGUCGCAAGAAAUUCAUGACAUUUCCUCAUUAUCAUCAUCUUCGUCUCCCAAACACAAACGACUUUCAUCCACAGGUGAUUCCCCAUCAAAUCAAAGUCUCAUGUCAGUUAUUGGUGGUUUCCAUGACAAUGCAGAAGAGAGCACCAGUAAGGGAGAUAACUCUUAUAAUCCUCUUGAAAGCAGUGGCAACUCUGCUAGCAAUGCUACUGCUAUGUACCAAAGUGACAUAUCACCUGACUUUACUGCUGAGCCUUCAUGCAGUUUCAACCAACCAUCCUCUUCUCAGGACUAUGACAUAAGCAUUCAGGACCCAGCGCAGCAAAUUCAAUCAGAGUCCUCCGAAAAUAGCUCAGCAAAUGAUGACUUUAGUGUAAGCCACUGUGCCUUGACCUCGUCCAAAAAACGGAAAGUUCUCACCCUUCAAGAACGCAUGAAGGUGAUUCAAAUGGCAGAGAAAUGGAAAAAAAGCACAAGAAAAAUUGCAAGGGAACUUGGCGUCGGCAAAUCUCAAAUCCAGAUGAUUCUGAAACGACGAGACAAAAUGUUGGAGAGUUUCAAUAGCAAUGUGCCUGGCCACCGUAAGCGACAUCGCUUCUCUUGCAACAAUGACAUGAACCAAAUGUGUUGGGAAUGGUUCCACAAGUUGCAAAGUCGAGGUGUUCGCAUCACAGGCCCACAGCUACAGGUCAAAGCCUUGGAACUUGCCAACAAACUCGGGAACAAGUCAUUCAAGGCCUCCAGUGGCUGGUUGGAAUGUUUCGUGAAGCGCAAUAACAUAUCGUUGGGAAAAAAACCAACACCACAAACUCCAUCGGUAAGGAUCAGACAUCAGUCUUACGAUCGCCGAAAGGUUUGAGCGCAACCAGUGUGGAUGCCAGCAGCUGAACAGAUAAUGCGAACACGGCCAAGGCUUGCUUGUUCAGCAGACAUUUUAAUUGCAAUGAAUGCAGUGGAUAUUGAAAAUUCUUCGGACACGGUGAUUUCCAUGGAUUCCACAAAUGCUGAAAAUACAGUGGAUACCUUGGAUAAGUUUCCUUCCAGAAAUACCAUAUGAUGGAUACUGUUCAUGAUUUUAUUAAAGAAAUCUAAAUGAACACACACCAGAAUACACGUGGAACCCAAUAAUCUGUUUUUUUGUUAAUCAUUUUUGACUUGAUUUGCUUCUGUGAGAAUGAUGGAAGAUAUGCAUGCAGCUGUGGUUUGACCAUGCAUCUACAAGUGGUUCGACCAUGCAUCUACAAGUGAUUUGACCACGCGUUUCUGAAGUUAUAAGUACAGUGCACAGUUUUCAAUCUUGCCACAUUCCAAAGAAUCUUCAAUAGAAUGUCAUGAUUGGAACCUUUUAACUGGCAUGCAUUUUACCUUUUAAAAUGAAAGUAAAAUUCAAAAUUGUUCUUAUACAGUUGUAUGCAUGCAUAUACAUGUGUGCAGGAAAUUCUGAGGGUGCUGAAAGUUUGAACUUUUUUUUUUACAGAAAAGUGUAUUUAUAAUGUGAAAAAAUUAGCUUCAUGUUAAUUCCUGGUACUGUUUGUGAGGGAUGUUUUGGUAAAUUUUUACUGUAUACCCUUGAUUUAUACUGGCAUUUGCACCACAAGGUAUUGAUGCUUGUGUCUAACCUAUUGCUGUUUUAUUGAUAAACCUAUUAAGUUUCAUAUCCUCUAUAUUUUUGUAUGUGUUUAUACAUAACAUGUGUAGUGAUUCUGAAGGUGCUAAGUUAUGUGGCUAUAAUACAUUCCUGUGGUGGCGGAAUGGAGAGAGCGGGGUGUUUAAACAGCAUCUAUAUUUUUAGUCUGGUUAGUUUCCUCCAGUCAGAAACAUGGUUGAUGUCGUGGAAAUGAUCAGAAAUAAGAUUGAUUAUAGCUUAAAACAGCAGACAAAUAAAUGAAUAUAUCUCUAUAUAAUAUAUUAACUGGUAUUGAACUUGUAGUAGUUUUGUGCGAUGAGGUACUUCAGUUCUUAAGCCCAAGAUACAUUUGCACUGUAAAAAGUGGCAAGAAAAAAGCAUCCGUUAGAACCAGCGGACUUGAGCUAUGGGAUUGAAUCCCAUUUUAAAUACAUGGCACCAGGGAAUACCUGUAACACUGUAAUGUACAGGUACUAAGGAAUAAUUGAAUGUUCACACCCUUUUUUUUUUCCUACAAGGUUUUUUUUUUCUCCUCUUUCUGUAAGAGUAAUUUUGAUUACUUUAUUUUUUACAACUAAAUGUUACAGUAUUUCAUAUGAACUUCAGCAUUUUUUCAAGCGACAAAUUUUAGCUGAUUCUGGUUAGUUCAACCACUUUACAAAGGCCAUUUAAGAGAUUUUUGAGUUAAUUUUGAUUAGUGUGUUAGGAGAUAAACUUAAGUUUUGGCAAAAUUUGGCAUCGCAAAAAUCCUACUAAGGCCUUUGUGUG